UCUGCCCCCCGGCCCGGAUCGGUCACAGUCCUUCAAUCUCAUCAGUUGUGUGAUAAAGCAGCAAACUACCAAAUCAUUAACCAAGACUGUCAAGUUCAACUAGUGGUCGUGAUUGCAUUCUCCGCCACCUAUUGUUAUCAUCUUACUAAAUACCAUCCUUCCUAGUUUUGUAUCUUGAACUGGAUUUACACCAUCCUCGGAGAUGACCCUGAUAACUACCCGACCUACAAUUCCCUUUGGUUGGAGAAUACUGGAUGUGAGAAUGGGUGAGGGAAAGAUUACAGUUUACAUUGCUCCGAACGGAAAACGGUUUUUAUCCUUAGACGCGGUUAAGAAAUUUCUAAUAAAUUCAAGGAAAAGAAGAGCAGAGGAACAAGAUAUAGGAAAACCCGCCAAACGAUUUAAACUGGGGAACGGGGCAGCCAAACAAGAAAAGGAGAAAGAGGAAAGAGAAAUUUCCAAGGAGGCCCCGAGCUCCCCUCUUCAACUGAGCGAAGGAGUUAGGAGGCAGAGACAAAUUAUGACAGAGCGAAGUCCAUUCAGAAAUCUUCGUAAACAAAUUCUUAAAAAGAAUCAAUCCAAGAUGGUGCUCAGAGAAAGGUCAAAAUCUGCGAGCUUUUAAAAUAGUUGUGUAAACUGUAAACUGUAAAGAGCAUUCAUUCUUUAAAGUCUGACGUGUAAUAACAUUACAUUUGAUAUAUUUUAUACCAGAAAGCAUUUUAUAUUCCGUAAAUGAAUAAAUUUUAAAUUUGGAUUAAA